UCAUGGGAGUGGUCGAACUAUGGCGGUGCACUGUGGUUGGGCUUUAGUGGGACCCGAACGUGAGGAACAGUGUUGCCGACGCUGAACUACAACGCAGAGGCUCUCGGGAGGCCUGCUCGGAGAUCUGUGGGAGGCGACAGGACUCGCCCACCUAUGCCCGGCUACGAGCUGCCCGUGGGCACGUGCCUGGACAUGUGUCCGGCCGCCGAGCGCACACAGCGCGAAAAGGAGCGCCGCCUGCACCGCUUCGAGGUGGCGCCGGGCUGCCGCGGGGACCGGCCCCGAGCCGACCCGCAGCGCGCGGUGAAGGAGUACAGCCGGCCGGCCGCCGGGAAGAUCCGGCCCCCGCCGAGUCAGCUUCGUCCGCCGUCCGUGCUGCUGGCCACUGUGCGCUACCUGGCCAGCGAGGUGGCCGAGCGCACCGAUGCGUCCUGCGCGGAGGUGGCCAGCUUCGUGGCGGACCGGUUGCGCGCUGUGCGGCUGGACUUGGCCCUGCAAAGCGCGAGCGACGUCGAGACGGCGUUGGUGCUGGAAUCGGCUCUGGCCGUGCUACUGGCCGUGGUGGCGCGGCUCGGACCCAACGCGACGCACGGGCCAGUGGACCCAAUGUUGCUGCAAGCCCAGGUCCAGGAGAGCUUCGGUUCUCUUCGCCGCUGCUACGCGCUGGGCGCCGGCCCCCACCCCCGCCAGGCCACCUUCCAGGGCCUCUUUCUGCUGUAUAACCUGGGCUCGGUAGAGGCCCUCCACGAGGUUCUGCAGCUGCCUGCAGCUCUGCGUUCCUGCCCGGCCCUUCGCACCGCCCUGGCAGUUGACUCCGCCUUCCGGGAAGGCAAUGCCGCCCGCCUCUUUCGCCUGCUCCGAACACUGCCCUACCUUCAGAGCUGCGCUGUGCAGUGCCACGUGGGCCGUGCCCGCCGGGGAGCCCUGGCCCGCCUUGCUCGUGCACUCAGCACCUCCAAGGGCCAGACCUUGCCCCUGGGCUUCAUGGUCCACCUGCUGGCCCUGGAUGGGCCCAAGGAGGCACGGGACCUGUGCCAGGCCCACGGACUACCCUUAGAUGGACAGGAGAGAGUGGUGUUCCUGAGGGGUCGUUACACUGAGGAGGGGCUGCCACCUGCCGGGACCUGCCAGAUACUGGUGGGGAACAAACUUGGAGGGCGCACUCUGGAAGACGUGGUCAUGGCAGAGGAGGAAGAUGAGGCUGUGGACAGACCCAUGACCAAGAUAUGAAGAGGACUGUGUGGUCUCCCAGAGCCCCGAGACUGGGGCUGGAGCACUCAGGUUUCUUUUUUCAUGAUUCCUGCACGAUACAAGGAACAACA